GGGGUUGUGGGUAGCUCGCCGGGAGGGAAAAGACAACCCCGAAGCCGGGUCGCGCCGCCCGUCGGGCCGGAGGGGAUGUUUGAGGACGAGCCCCAAGCCGAGGGGGCGGCGGUGGUCGCCGCGGCCAGGGAGGCGCUGCAGGCCCUGUGCCAGGAGCUGAACCUGGACGAGGGCAGCGCGGCCGAAGCCCUGGACGAUUUCACCGCCAUCCGCGGCAACUACAGCCUAGAGGGAGAAGUCGUACACUGGCUGGCAUGUUCUUUAUAUGUUGCUUGCCGCAAGAGCAUCAUUCCUACAGUGGGAAAGGGCGUCAUGGAAGGAAACUGUGUUUCACUGACCAGAAUACUUCGCUCAGCUAAGUUAAGCUUAAUACAGUUUUUUAGUAAAAUGAAGAAGUGGAUGGACAUGUCAAACCUACCGCAAGAAUUUCGUGAACGUAUAGAAAGGCUAGAGAGAAAUUUUGAAGUAUCAACUGUAAUUUUUAAAAAAUUUGAGCCCAUUUUUUUAGAUAUAUUUCAAAAUCCAUAUGAAGAACUACCAAAGUUGCCACGAAGCAGGAAGCAGAGGAGAAUUCCUUGCAGUGUAAAGGAUCUCUUUAAUUUCUGCUGGACACUCUUUGUUUACACUAAGGGUAAUUUUCGUAUGAUUGGUGAUGAUUUAGUAAACUCAUAUCAUUUACUUCUGUGCUGCUUGGACCUGAUUUUUGCCAAUGCUAUUAUGUGCCCAAAUCGACGGGACUUGCUAAAUCCAUCAUUUAAAGGUUUACCGUCUGAUUUCCAUGCUCCUGACUUCAAAGCUGCAGAAGAACCUCCCUGUAUCAUUGCCGUACUUUGUGAUCUACAUGAUGGACUUCUAGUAGAAGCAAAAGGAAUAAAGGAACAUUACUUCAAGCCAUAUAUUUCAAAACUCUUUGAUAAGAAGAUUUUAAAAGGUGAAUGUCUCUUGGACCUUUCCAGUUUCACUGAUAAUAGCAAAGCAGUGAACAAGGAGUAUGAGGAGUAUGUCCUAACUGUGGGUGACUUUGAUGAGAGGAUCUUUUUGGGAGCAGAUGCUGAGGAGGAAAUUGGCACACCUCGAAAGUUUACUGCUGACACCCCAUUUGGGAAACUGACAUCAGAGGCCAAUGUGGAAUACAACCUUCAACAUUUUGAAAAAAAACAGUCAUUUGCACCUUCUACCCCGCUUACCGGACGGCGGUAUUUACAAGAAAAAGAGGCGGUCACCACUCCUGUUGCUUCAGCUACUCAAAGUGUAAGCCGCUUACAGAGUAUUGUGGCUGGACUAAAAAAUGCACCAAGUGAGCAACUUCUGAAUAUUUUUGAAUCUUGUAUGCGGAAUCCUAUGGAAAAUAUUACGAGAAUAGUGAAAGGAAUAGGAGAGACUUUCUGCCAACACUAUACUCAGUCCACAGAUAAACAGCCAGGAUCUCACAUAGACUUUGCUGUAAACAGACUAAAACUGGCAGAAAUUUUGUAUUAUAAAAUAUUAGAGACUAUAAUGGUCCAGGAAACACGAAGACUUCAUGGAAUGGACAUGUCAGUUCUUUUAGAGCAAGAUAUAUUUCAUAGAUCCUUGAUGGCUUGUUGUUUGGAAAUUGUGCUCUUUGCCUAUAGUUCACCUCGUACUUUCCCUUGGAUUAUUGAAGUUCUUGAUUUGCAACCAUUUUAUUUUUAUAAGGUUAUUGAGGUGGUGAUCCGCUCAGAGGAGGGGCUUUCCAGAGAUAUGGUAAAACACCUAAACAAUAUUGAAGAACAGAUUUUGGAGAGUUUGGCUUGGAGUAAUAAUUCUGCACUGUGGGAAGCUCUCCAUGCUUCUGCAAACAAAGUUCCUACAUGUGAAGAAGUUAUAUUCCCAAAUAACUUUGAAAUAGGAAAUGGAGGAAAUGUACAGGGCCAUCUCCCCAUGAUGCCAAUGUCUCCAAUAAUACACCCAAGAGUGAAGGAAGUUCGGACUGAUAGUGGGAGCCAUCGAAGGGAUAUGCAACCGCUCUCUCCGAUUUCUGUCCAUGAACGCUACAGCUCUCCUGCUGCAGGAAGUGCUAAGAGGAGACUUUUUGGAGAUGACCCACCAAAGGAGAUGUUUGUGGAUAAGAUUAUGGCAGAAGGAACAAAACUGAAAAUUGCUCCUUCAAGUAUGACUGCUGAAAGCUUAUCAAUUUCCCCUGGUCAAGCUCUGCUGACAAUGGCCACAACCACAGUAACAGGGACAGUAGGACAGAAGGUUACAGUUCCUUUGCACGGUGUUGCCAAUGAUGCUGGAGAGAUCACACUGGUUCCUAUUUCCAUGAAUACAACUCAGGAGUCCAAAGCUGAGAGCCCUGUAUCACUAACUGCCCAGUCAUUAAUUGGUGCUUCUCCAAAACAGACCCAUCUGACUAAAGUCCAAGACGCUCAUCUGACUGGAAUAAGCAAACCAAAGAGAACUGGAUCCUUAGCACUAUUUUAUAGAAAGGUCUAUCAUUUGGCAAGUGUGCGCUUACGUGAUUUAUGUUUAAAACUUGAUGUUUCUAAUGAGUUACGAAGGAAGAUUUGGACAUGUUUUGAAUUCACUUUAGUUCACUGCCCUGAUUUAAUGAAAGAUCGGCAUUUGGAUCAGCUCCUUCUGUGUGCCUUUUACAUCAUGGCGAAAGUAACAAAAGAAGAAAGAACUUUUCAAGAAAUAAUGAAAAGUUAUAGGAAUCAGCCCCAAGCUAAUAGUCAUGUGUAUAGGAGUGUUCUCUUGAAAAGUAUUCCAAGAGAAGUUGUGACAUACAGUGGUGAUUGUGAAAUGACAGAUGGUGACAUAGAAGAUGCCACAAAGACACCCAACUGUUCCAGUGAACCAGUGAAAGAGGAAAGAGGUGAUCUUAUCAAAUUUUACAAUACAAUAUAUGUAGGAAGAGUGAAGUCAUUUGCAUUGAAGUAUGACUUGUCCAAUCAAGACCAUAUAAUGGAUGCUCCACCCCUCUCUCCUUUCCCACAUAUUAAGCAGCAGCCGGGCUCCCCACGUCGCAUUUCCCAGCAGCACUCCAUUUAUGUUUCACCACACAAAAACGGAUCCGGCCUCACCCCCAGGAGUGCUCUGCUGUACAAGUUCAAUGGCAGCCCUUCUAAGAGUUUGAAAGAUAUCAACAACAUGAUAAGGCAAGGUGAUCAGAAAACCAAGAAGCGCAUAAUAGCCAUCAGUGGAGAUGCAGAAUCACCUGCCAAACGUCUCUGCCAAGAGAAUGAUGAUGUUUUACUCAAGCGAUUACAAGAUGUUGUCAGUGAAAGAGCAAAUCACUAAUGGCAUUCCUUUUUCUGACCAAAGCACUUUGGUGUUGUUCUGGAGAAAGUUUGGGGGCUCCAUCCUUCACACUUUUAUCACUGGGUUAUACCAAAACUUGCACCAAAAGCAAGUUGUGUUUUUUUAGAAACUUUUAUUCAAUAUGUAUCUGACAGACAUGUAUUUUCAGUUAGAUUAGAAAAGAAAAUUUAAGUGCCUUUAUAAAUAUUAAUAUUUUUUAAAAUUUUUGUUCCUUGGGUUACUUUUUAGGAUGAAUUAAGGAGAAACUAUUUUUUAGUUUUCUUUUCAAAAUGAUCAGAUGUCUUCUGUACUUUUUAAUAUGAGGUCAGUGAGUCUUUGAGAUGCUUGUACUGUCUGCUCAUGUCGAAGGCCAGGUUAGUGCCCACAAUAUGUGGGCUCAGUGAUGCACCAGCCUGCCUUGGGCCCACUCUAGUAACUGCACAUCAGGUACUACCAACAUGCUAGGCUAUCUGUCCCUUUGUCUUCUUCUUGUUAAGUUCAAGCAGCUUUGUACCAGAGUCCUGCACUCCCCCACUUGCUUUCCAGUCCUGAGCCCUCUUAGCCUGAUGUUACAAUGCAAUGAAAGGGAUAUUUGUUCCAUUUUUAAAACUACUAUAUAGUUUUGAUUUUCGUGAUAUUACCUUAAUUAUUAUAUGUGAUUGUACUCAGUCAGUUCUUAAAGUUGUAUUAUAUGUGAUUGUAUUCGGUAGUUCUUAAAAUAAGAAACUGUUUCUUAAUCUAGUAGAAUAAAAUUCCGAUAAAUAAGAAAUUAAAUUUCAUUAGUAAAGUAGCAUUAUGAUAAAAUCAUUCAUUCUUGUUGUGUACAGUGGGACAUGCCUUUAAUUCCAGCAGCACAGGAGAAUUGCUGGGAAUAUGAGACCAGCCUGGCUAUAUAGCAGGUUCCAAAGGAACUUGGGCUACAUAGCAAGAUCCUUACUCAAAAAGAUCAAUUUUCAUUCUCAUUUAUUUAAUUUCCUGAAAACAUUUGAAGCUUUCACAUUAGUAUCACUUAAUGCCUUAUUAUAAUCAGAGUGUUUCAGUUCAAGAACUCAACUUUUUCUUCCUAUCUUACAUCACUCUUUGUCCCGAUAAUUAUGGUUUCUCGCAUGUUUUCCACCGAUGUUUAACUCCUGGAAUCCCCUUGUUGAUCUUUUCACACUGGAGGUACAGCCUUCUAAAGAAUCAGGUCUUUAGUGUUCACCUUUUCUUGUGUGUUUCUAGAAUCUGAGAGGAUGGGAAUAAGCCAUUCUUACUUAAUUUCUAGAUGAUGUGUCAGUAUAAAUAUUUUAGCUGCAAACUUAUUUUUUAAAAUAUAAAGUGUUAACCUGGCAGUCUAGCUCAACAUAAUGUUUAACUUUUCCAAAAUUAAUUAAUUUGAAUUAAUUCAAGAUUUGACUGCCAAUUAAUGAUGAAUGGUAACCAAACUUUAUUUUUUAAAUUUUAAAAGGAGAUUUGGGUUAUGUUUUGUUUUUCUGAAAAUUGUAUUCUUGUGUUUUGUGUAGUAUCUACACAUGUUGUAAUAAGCCAAAUAGUAGUCUGUCUUGAAUCCUUGUACAUAUUUCUAUGUAGCUAUAACUACUGUAUCACUUUCAUUAUUAAUGUAUAAAAUAUAAAUGUGAAUUUAUUCAAUGACUGUUUAAAAACUUCAGACAUGUUUUUACCAAUUUUCAGAACUUUGUAUUAAUGUACAUAAAAUAGUUAAUAAAAAUUAGAAUUAAAAACUA